AUGUUCCCUCAAAGGUCGAAGUAUGUGUUCUACCUGUCCACCCGUUCAAAGUCUCUCUACGGGAUCCAUGAAUCUAACAAUGCAUACAAUUUGGUGGUGCAUGAAUUCCAAGUGCGAGAAGCACUUCCGGUGACCGUCUUCACAUCCCGGGAGGCACUCAUUACAGCAUCAUGGAUCCACAGCACCGUUUCCGAUUUCUUGGUCCGAGACGACGUUUACAACAAGAGGUUCUUCGACGCGUUCUACCUCCAGGGUCCCGAAGGUCUUGCCAUGGCUGGAGACGCAGACUCCCUGCUUAAGUCAUUCGGAACCAGUCAAGUAUUCUGGGCUUUGUCACAACACAACACAACCCUCCCAGACGGCCCCUACUUUGCGACAUCUUCGGGCCUGCACCGCGCCUGGCGCCUCUAUGAGGAUCACACCAAUUCGUUUGUCCUGCCUACCAUCCCAUCUGCCAACGACGCCAACGUCUAUGAAGCCCUCCCAGCAAGCGGCAGCGACCUUUAUGGAGCGAUGCAAAUCGCCGUACCAUCCAGGCUGUUCUACCAGCCUACGCCCGAGCAGCCGCUCGCUGGCUACCGCAUCGGCGUCAAAGAUCAGUAUGACAUGAAGGGCAUUAUCACCACAUUUGGCAGUCGUUCGUACGCCGCGACGUAUCCUCUGUCGAAUAUGACGUCCGGGGUCAUUCAGCAUCUCCUCGAUAAGGGCGCCAUUGUUGUCGGCAAAACCAAGCUGUCGGUCUUCGCUAAUGCGUGGUUCAGCAUCGCUGAGUGGCCUGAUUAUUCGCUGCCCUUUUCGUACCUCAGCCCCGGCGCCUCUUCUGCGGGCUCGGGGGUGUCUCUCGCCGCAUACGACUGGCUGGACAUUACCAUUGGGGAGGAUACAGGCGGCUCGAUGCGUUUCCCCGCUGCUCAGAAUGGCGUGUACGGGAUCCGCUCCACCAAGAACAGCACCAACGACACCGCGACCGCGUUCGGGCCCUUCGACGUCGCCAGCCAUUUCGCUCGCGAUGUGGACUCCUUCAACACCUUCGGUGCCGUGCUGUACGGGCAGUCCGGCUAUAGGAACUACAUUCUCUAUGCCCGGGAGUAUUGGGCGAAUAUUAACCCCAAUUACACGGCGCCGUGCGAGGAAUACGUCCAGAACCCGGAAGCAUUCCUGGGCGUGAACCAUUUCAAAGAAGACUACUUCGCGAAAUUCGGCCGCUACCCCUACACCACCCUCAACGCGGCCAGCGACCCCUCCUUCACCCCGCAAAACGCCACCCUAGGCGAGAUCGGCCACACCCUGCAAUCCGAAUAUCAGACCUUCUACCCCAGAUAUUUCCCCUCUGCCAAGGAAGAAACCUGCUCCGCCGCCAUCGUGGUCUUUCCCUUCAACGGCGACGGCGGGAACCCCUGGUAUCGGGACAGUAACAUCAGUUAUACCGUGGCGGGCAGCGCCCCGGCGCUCCCCGGGUAUAUCAGCUGGAACUAUCUGUCCGUGAUGAACGAGAGCCCCGAGAUGGCGGUGCCGGUGGGGACGGUGAAGUAUCAGAGCCGGGUGUCGCUGAUGGAGGAGGAGUUUCCGGCCACGGUGGAGAUCCAGGGGGCGGACGGGUGUGAUUUUAUGCUGAUGAAUCUGGUGCGGGCGGUUGCGUAUGAGCGGGGCUUGAAGAAGGGAGUGCAAACUGGAUCGAGGAUGCACUGA